CGAAUCGAGUAAACUGAGUUUGAUAUUUUACUGUCUGUCGUUUCGCAGUGUUAUAAAUGAUACACUAUUUGGAUGUGCUUGCGCAUGACAAGAUAUCUACACGUAUUCAUUAAUAUCAUUGGAACAUUAUCUCUUUAUAUAGAUAUAAGUACUUACUUUAGGUAUAAAUAUUUGCAUUGAUAAGCAAUAAAGUAAACAACCUUAAAUACUUGUUUGACGCAGUUGAGCGCCAACUUUGCUCUAGUGAGGACCGUACAUUGAUAAAUUCAAAAUGUCUUCGAAGGUGCAAACCGUAUUAGGAGACGUGAGCCCAGCGGUUUUAGGUCGCACCCUGACCCAUGAACAUCUGGCUAUGAACUUCGAGCAUUUCUACAGAGAACCGCCAUCUACACUAGCUGGCAAAUUCCAAGCUCCAAGCUUAGAACUCCAUAGAAUAGGCUACGUGAGGCAAUACCCGUACAGCUUGAGGUACAACUUGCAGUUAGAUGAUGAUGCAGCCCAAAGUGCCGUCACCGAUGACGUCAUCGAAUACAAAAUUGCUGGAGGAGGUACCAUAGUAGAAAACACAACGGAAGGCCUGAACCGGGAUAUAAAGUUUUACCAGAACGUGUCAAGAGCCAGCAACGUCCACAUCGUUGCUGGAACGGGCCAUUACAUAGCAGACUUGCAGAGUGGAGACACCCUGCAAAAAUCUACUGAAGAUGUCUACAAUCACAUGCUGCAGGAGCUGACGAAGGGCUGUGUGAAUUUUGAAGGAGUCAAGGCUGGUUUCAUGGGAGAGAUUGCUAGCGUCUGGCCAUUAAGAGAUUUUGAACGCAAGGCAAUAAAGGCUGCUGGGGAGUUGCAACCGCAACUGAAAUGUGGCGUGAGCUUCCAUCCUCACCGGAAUAAGGAAGCGCCCUUCGAAAUCAUCCGCCUUUACUUGGAGGCUGGAGGGUCCGCAGACAAAGUUGUCAUGUCGCAUUUGGAUCGUACAUUAGUAGACGACGACAUUUUGUUGGAAUUUUCUCAACUCGGCACAUAUUGCCAGUUCGAUUUGUUCGGAACCGAAGUGUCAUACUACCAACUUGAGGUCACAACAGACAUGCUGAGCGACGCCCAAAGAAUACAAAAGAUGGCAGCACUUGUGAAGGAGGGCAGAGGAAACAGGAUACUGAUGUCCCACGACAUUCAUACGAAGCACCGACUGACUAAAUUCGGCGGCCAUGGCUACGCACACAUCAUCAACAAUGUGCUACCAAAGAUGAAAUCUAAGGGAUUCUCGCAAGAACUAAUAGAUAUGAUUACGACUGAAAACCCAGCGCGAUGGUUGGCGAUUGAAAACUAAAUUAUUUAUAAAAAUACUGGCUUUUACCCGCGGCUUCGCUCUCGUCUCAAAAGGAUAAAAGUAGCCUA